CAGGGGUAGUUACGUAAAUACAACCAUACGACGGAAAGUGGGGGUGGUGGAGAGAAGAUGAUAAAAAGAGUUGGAGACGCGUCUCCAUGAGUCCCAUAUUUCUAUUCAUUACCUCUCUCUCUAUAUUCUCAUUUCGUAAACUCGCCGGAGAAAGGUGAAAAAAUCAAUAAAAAAAAUGGCGCAGAGAACGGAGAAGGAAGUGACCACCACCACCCCGACGCUCUGUUCUAAUAACUGUGGCGUUACAGCGAAUCCAGCGACCAACAACAUGUGUCAGAAAUGUUUCAACGCCUCAAUCUCCACCGUAGAUUCCACCACGAUCUUGAAGAAGAGACCGGCGAGAUCUGUUAAUCUUCGAUCAACAACACCAGCGAAAGUCGUGAUUCGUCCUCCCAGGGUGAUCGACCCGGUUAAGAGAGAUCAACAGACGAUAAACCGAUGUUCCGGUUGUCGGAAGAAAGUCGGUUUAACCGGGUUUAGAUGCCGAUGCGGCGACCUUUUCUGCUCCGAGCAUCGUUACUCUGAUCGUCAUGAUUGUAGCUACGAUUACAAAACCGCUGGUCGUGAGGCGAUCGCUAGAGAGAAUCCUGUCGUCAAGGCGGCGAAGAUGGUCAAAGUUUGA